UAUUACUAAACUAGCUGGCAAGAGGGCAGGAGCUGAUGUGUUAUUGGCGCAGCACUUGCUUAGCUGUUGCCUUUCUCUCUCUCCUUCUCUUUCUUUUUGUUCUUCCCCCUCUCCCUCUCUCUUCCCCCUUCUCCUCCUUUUCUUUUCUUUCUUUCUCCCCCCCCCUUUUUUUUCAUUUUGGCUUCUAUUCAAAUGUGGGUCAGGGGUGAGCAGCUCCCAACGUCACAAGCUUGCAAGAUGGCGCUGGGAGGAAGGCUGUGAGAUGAGGAACAGGCUGGUAUAGCCCGAGAGCCGAAGGGGAAGGGGGAGCAAAGCGGCUGCUACCGAUGCAAUAAUAAUAAAAAAAGAAAUGACGAGCACCCACAACUCACAUUGAAGUCAACAUCUUUGGGUCAAGUAUGCCCUCAAUCACAGCCUUGCAAUCUCGGUGACUUCAGAGGGACUGUUUACCCAUCUGUCAAACGGGUAUAAUAUUUAUAGCUGCGCUCAAGGUGGUGAAGAGAAGGUGAAAGGAAGAGAAGGUGGAGAUGGAACUGCCAAAUCAUGCCAAACAACUGCUACUGCAGCUGAACCAGCAACGAGCCAAAGGUUUCCUCUGUGAUGUGAUUAUUGUGGUAGAAAAUGCCCUGUUUCGUGCCCACAAGAAUAUCCUGGCAGCCAGCAGCAUGUAUUUCAAAUCCCUCGUCCUGCAUGACAACCUGAUUAACUUAGACACGGACAUGGUGAACCCCACCGUGUUCCGACAGAUCUUGGACUUUAUUUAUACUGGGAAGCUCUUAACGACUGACCAGCCCGGUGAACAGAACUUUAAUGCUCUCCUCACCGCAGCAAGCUACCUCCAACUGCACGACCUGGCAGCUCUCUGCAGGAAGAAACUGAAGCGGAAUGGGAGGUCUUUCGCUGGCAGGGCCGGCGGCCCCAGUGUUGGGAGACCCCCCAGGAGUCAGAGGCUUUCUACCACUUCAGUCAUCCAAACUCGUUAUUCAGGGUCAACUGAGGGCACGAAGGGCUCGCACUCAAAAGAGCUGCCAAAGGGAAAGGUCUCUGACGAUGAGAUCUUCAUCAGCAGCUCUAACCAAGAGAACUCUCACUCCUUAAGCAGGGGAGCCAGCAAGAACGGUGGCAGUGCAAAUGGAAGCAGCGGCGACCAGGAGCUCGGCCUCGACCUGUCCAAAAAAAGCCCGUCGCUCCCCACGGCAGCCUCCCAGGACGACACGCAGCACAGCGAAAGCCAGCACGGCUCUCCCCAAUCUGCCUCAGCCCCCGCAGCCAACAGUGCCUCAUCAUUCGACGAGUCUGCAGCCGGAGCCCCCCAGAGCGCAGCAGACAGCAGCGAGCCCAUGGAGAUGGACAUGAACGAGGAGAGCCACUCCCUGGUGGAGAGCGGCCAGCGUAAGAGCCUCCGGCACUCGGCGCGCAAGAAGGAGUGGAUCAAGAAAGACAAUGCUUUUGACCGGAAAGAGGGGGGCAAAGGUGGCGAGGAAGGCGAGGGGCUGCCCAAUGGCAUCCUGGUGGGUCCCUUGUCCAAGUCGGCUGAGCGGAACCUGAGCAACGCCUAUGGCCCGGAGCAGGCGUUCCAGUGCAAAGAGGAGAUAGAAAACGGCAAGGAGAUGAGCGAUGACAGCGGACAAAGCGAGUGUGAGAGCGGGGGGCACACCAGCGCCAACUACGUCUACCGGCAGGAGGGGUUUGAGCCUGUGGCCUACGGUGACAACCUGUAUGUCUGCAUCCCCUGCGGCAAGGGCUUUCCCAGCUCCGAGCAGCUCAAUGCCCACGUAGAGACGCACACCGAGGAAGACCUCUACAUCAAGGAGGAAGGCACGUACGGUGGCAAGGAGGAAGCUGAAGAUUUGUCCAACCCUAACCAGCCCUACGCUGCAGAAUCCCGGCCCUUUAAGUGUUCAGUAUGCGAGAAGAGCUACAAGGAUCCAGCCACUCUGCGGCAGCAUGAGAAGACUCACUGGCUGACACGGCCCUUCCCUUGCAACAUCUGCGGCAAGAUGUUCACACAGCGGGGCACCAUGACACGGCACAUGCGCAGCCAUUUAGGGCUCAAGCCCUUUGCUUGCGAGGAAUGCGGGAUGCGCUUUACCCGGCAGUACCGACUGACAGAGCAUAUGCGUGUCCACUCAGGAGAAAAACCCUACGAAUGUCAACUGUGUGGUGGAAAAUUCACCCAGCAGCGCAAUCUGAUCAGCCACCUGCGAAUGCAUACCUCUCCCACAUAAGCCAAAGACUCCAGAAUGAGCUUCGAGCCCAUCCGCAGUGAUUUACCUUUCUGUAGACUUGCUGCUUAAGAGGGCAACUCCCCUCCUCUGUUCAGUCAUGGGCGGCCUAAACAAACGUAGCUUUAAGAUAUUUUUUUUUUUAUAUAUAUAAAAAAGAAACAUAGGUCCACAGCCAAGCUGAUGCCCUUCUCAAACCAUUCCCCAGCUCUCCCUUUCUAAAUCUCAAUGGUGUGGCAAGAAAUGCCAUCUAUUUUUGUGGGUGUUGACUUAGCCUCUCUUUUGAUCCCUCCACCCAGGUAGCAGGAGUGAGGUCUCCUGCCUGUUGGAUGGUAAGUGGGAAUGGGGAGAGAAAUUCCAUCUGAUCAACUAGGGCUGUACCAACUCUUUUUAUUUCCCCCCCUCUCUUCCUUGGCACUCCUGCAGUGCUUUAUAGACAUUGAUCAAGUGUUAUUUCCCACACUAACGAAAAGUGCAAGUGGAACGUGUCAUCCACUGGCUACUCUGUGGGCUUUGCCUUUCCUUUUGCGUUCAUGUUACAUUACUAAUGUCCCUACAACCAGAUUCAAUAAGGGCAUUUCUUGCCACUCCUUAAAAAAAUGAACCCCAUUUUCUAACAGCCCAAGUGGCUACAAAACCACAAAGCAUUGCUUUUGCUGUACCCAGUGCAGAAGCUGUGGACUGACUGUAACAGGGUUGGUAGCCCAUUUAAAUUCUGUGGGAAGCUGUGAUGGGAGUUGUCAUCCUUCCCCAUGAGGUGGAGAUGGCUAAAGCAGUCUACCUAGGUGUGUGCCAAGUAGUAUUUCAGUUAAGGAAAUGGCAACACAUUUUUUUUUCUUUUGGGUUUAGUCUUUAAUCUUGGCAUACCUAACCACAUGCCUCACCCCUCCUCUCCACCUCUGCAGCCUUACCCAUGACUGAACAGGGGUGUGGAUGCCCUGGAAAUUUCUUUCAGUGAGCAGGGGGUAGUCUUUACUUUUCUAGUAGUUUCGUAUGAAUAUUCUUUGCUUAGAGGUACUUGUUUUAUUAAAGGAAAAACCAUUGUAAUGUUUAUGUGAAUGUUUGAACUGGAAGGUCUGAGGUUAAUUCUUGGGGUGGGUGGGGUAGGGAAAGGGUUUGAUGUAGGCUGGACUUGCUACAAGUUCCUUAGGUUACUUUUUUUUUUUUUUUUUUUGUGUGUGUGUGUGUAUGUUUUUAGCUUUCCUCCCUCACUAAAGAGCGAGUCUGUGUGAACAGACCCGUUACCUUUGCUACCUCUUGAAUUCAUGAGAACAAUAAGAUGGUUAGUGAAAGAUUAGGCAGGUAUUUUUUUCUUUUAUUGUAAGUAAAUGUAUAAAGUAGAAGCUAAAUUAAAAUUAAGGGAUUUUUUUACCACCCCGUCCUUCCAUCAAAAGUCAGCUAGAAAAAUAUUAAAGCAAAGCUCGGCCAAAGACAAAAAUGUAUUAAGCCAGAGACCCCAGUGGAUAGAUGCUUAGAAUGGUUCACUCAGCAAACUCUUGGCUUUUUGUAGUCACUUUUAGAUAAAAGAAAGGAAACUUCUUAGAGCUUUUGGGCCCUUUCCAGCUUUGUUUAUUGAACCUGGAUGCUAUGGAAAAAAGGUCCCCUCAUCCUCCAUUCUUCCAGUACAUCUGGGUCAGUGUGUAAACACCUGGCAGGACAGAGGGUGAGGGGAGUAGCAGCCUAUAAUUUACUAGAAUCCAGAGUGCAAUAUGAUGGGGAGGAGGGGGAAAAAAAAAACCAAAGUGUUUCAUAUCCUCCCUUUUAGAAAAUUGCUCACACACACACACACACAAAAUGAAAAAAGCAACAAAAUGUUUUUGCAACAUCUGCCUAAGACAUCACAGCCAACAGCUGCUAUUGGUUUAGGAGAGAAGACAGAGAGUUUAGCCUGCCGAUUCUUGGCCCCUCGACUUUGUUGGCGUGCCCUUGUGGAAAGCUAUGGCUUAUUUCAAGCCUCCCAUGACUGGUGGAGUGUGGUGGUAAAAAUUCACAGCCAGUAGAAUCAUCCCUUCUGAACUGAGUAAGGUUUACACCCUUCCCUCCUGGCUCAAAACCAUUGUCCUCCCUAUCCAUUGGGUUCACUGAACCCUGCCUGGCUUGUUUUCAAAACAAACAAACAAAAAAUUUUUUUUUUACGUUUAGACCAAAAAUAGACAAGUGAGCACGUUCAAUUAAAACAAAGACAUAUAAGCUUCAUUUUGACUAGUGUUUUUCUGUUAAGGUAGAGUAGUCCAUGAGAAGUUUAUUGGGUCAUUUGAAUGAACUGAGGAAACUGGAAUCCAGGCUCCAUGCAAUAGACAGAUCCCAAACCUUGCUGAGCCUUGGCCUGGUGUCCUAUUCCAGAGAACACACUUUCCCCCACUCUUUUGCCCUCCCCACACCGCCAUGGUUUUUCUAGUGCCAUUGUCUUGUUGCUCCUAGACUCUGUCAGUGAGAGUCAUGGGGCAGCCGUGGGGAGAAUGGAUCUCUUAAUCCAUGUGCUGAGAUGCGCUGUUCUUUAGUGUCUAGCAUUUCCAUGUUUAAAAAAAAUAAAAAUCUUCCUCUGAGCCCUUGCCAAACCCUCCUGAGAAAGUCCCUUGAAACAUUUGAAUAGUGAAGGCCUCAUCUAUCAGCCUUCUCCUCAGAGAAGCCUUUAGCUGGGCCAAGGAACACCAGUGCAAGAUUAGCAUCUAGGCUUAUUUUUUUUAUCCCUCUUUCCGCUUUUGCCCCUCCCUCUAAAAGCCCUAAAGCUGAAUUGAAUCCCGUAUGGGUUUAGAGUGCAGCCAGAGCAGAGUUCCCAUUGCCGCUGGCUGGCUAAGAAACCACCGAGUCCAGAGUUUCAAAAUGAUUUUUCAGCUCUGUUGUUCAGGAACACACAGCUGUCGAUGGGGCUUUGCUUCUUGCUUUGUGGGGCGUUCCCUCCCUCCCCUCCCCACCCCCCGCUUGUGGUGCUACAGUGAAUGUCUCCAUUCCGUGCUGCAUAUUCCUGAGGUGCAUCUGCCACACGCUUCUAUCCUCUCUAACGUGUCAGUGAUGGGACUGGCCAGGCUUUGAAUUGCUAGAGCAAAGCUGGUAAUGGGAAGGGGGGCGGGGGGGGGGGAAAGUGUGUGUGGGCAGAAUCCAGCUUUAGGAAACUAGCUCAAGCUGUGACUGAGCCAAGACAUGGAAUGCAGAGAGCAUGAAGACCAGAGCUAGGCCCUAUUAUUGAGCAGAUACCCCACUCCCCCCUUGUUUGAUUAGACUUACAGGUGUGUGUGGGUGUUUUUGUUGUUUUCCUCCUUGAUUUGUUUCUUAAGCCUUGAGAAUCAUUUUGAAGUUUCAGGACCCAAUGCUAUAUAUUUUUUUAAAGGAACCUCCUUUUUUUUUUCUCCCCCCCCCCUCAGCACUUAAACAAUACGACAUAAAGUCUGUGUACAGCAAGAGUAUUGUACAAAAGGAAAUUUUCUUUUUCUUUUUCAAGUAGCUGUGUAGAGGUGUGUUCCAUAGACUGAAUAUAAACAACAUUUUCCAAAUUGUGACAGUAAUAAUGAUAAAUAACUAAUAAUACUCAAAACUUCAGGGACUGUUUGAGGCCUGCUUGGGGGCCUAAACACUCAACUGCAUUUGUACGACAUAGUAUUGUAUCAAACAUUUUUCUGUAUUUUAAUGAGAAAGCAAAACACUAGUUUCAUAUUUAAGAUUUUAAGAGUUCUAGGGUUGGGGGGGAGGGAGUUACAUUUUUUUAAUUUUGUUUUUUUAUUUUGUUUUUUUUUUUAAGAUACACAAAGAGCCUCAAGAGGAAUAAAACAAUUUAAAAACAAAAAUAGAGGCCAGGCAGCUUAAAUAUAUGCUUUAGUCACUUAGUUCCAGAAUGUUUUCGGAGUAACAGGAUAAAAUAGCAAAAGUUGUAUUAAAAAAUAAAAAAGCUCAUACCCAAAUUCACAAAACUAUUUUUUAAACCAAAGCACAUUUGAAUGAGUAUGGAACCUCACUUGGCUCAGAAAAAUACUAAUAUAUUUAUCUCAUUGUUUACAUAAACGUUUACAGUUUCAGACCUCAACAGAUCUAGGGGCCAGUCAAAAUUAAUCUUUCCUUUUUCCAUUGAUUUGUCUUUGAAGACUAUAACAACAUUUCUUAAACUAGAAGCACCCCCCACCCCACCCCCAAAAAAGUCAUCUAUGAACCAAACUGCAUUCCAACACUACUUAGGGUUUGGGAGAUGUAAUUAGGGAAAUGGGUUUAUUUUAUUUUUGUCCUCACAACCCAUAAGAGAUGUCUUAGAAGAAGAGAGACACACCACACCUGCAGGGUUGUUUUGGGUGUGGGUAGCCUCAUCUGCUGUGUUUCGUUGCUAAAUUACAAAAAGAAAAGUCUAUCAUUGACAACUAAGGUAGAGUAGGCCUUGGGUCUGUGCCAAUGGGAAAUGGGGGCAGAAAGAAGAGAGUGGGUAUUAGUCCUAAGGAGCCUGACUCUUCCUCUAAAGGUCUGGCUGUGUUACCAGCAGCGUGGGGAGGAAUAUAUGAGACUCGAGAAAGGAGAGACUGAUGGCGCCUGCAAAUGGCUGAAGCUGCUGUAGCCAGUACAUUUCCCUAACAUUGGCCACAAGAGCUGGGCUAAUCUCACAUUCUAUCCCUUUAGUGGGAGCUGCCAAAAGAAACCCAAAAGCCCAGCCCAGUGCUGUGGGGUAGCUGACAGAAGCCACAAAGAUCACAGGAGACACCAAAGAGCUCUUGCCAUGCAGCUUCUGUGAGUCUUUGUCGCUAUGGAAGAGAAGGGAAAGUGCAACUUUCAACUGGCCCUCUGCACUGAAUAAAAACUAUUGCAGAGCCCACACAACUCCCUGAUGGCCAACCUGGUUAGCUUUAAUGGUCUGGGUUGAGGGCAGUAGUAUAUUGUACAUAUAGUGCCCUUCCUACAUUCAGGAUUGUGCAGAAGCAUGAGCCAAAUUGUUUGGACUGUUUAAUCCUUCUGUUAAUUAAGAUAGCUCUACUAAUUCACUCCAAACCUUAAUAUCUUGUGUAGAAGAGCCCAGUCAAAACCCAUGUGGAAACAUAUGCUUGAUUUGCAUGUUAGAAUAGUCUAAAGAUUGCCAAUGACGAUGGUUUGUUAAAAUACUGCUGACGCCCAAAAAGAAAAAAAUUAAACUCAAAAAGUUCCCCACCCAUAGUCUUGAUUCUUUCUUUUUAGUUUAUAAAAUUUGACACCAAAGCCACUUCAAACACCUGAGGGAGGCUGAUGGAAAAUGAAACAUUAAUUUUGCCUGGUCUUAAUAUCUAACAAAGAUGGUGCAAACACUAUUUGACAGUGUUGUUUUUUGUAUCAAUAUGUAUGUGCAGUAAUGAAUGUAUUUAUUUCUCAGAUUCUGUAUGCACAGUUUUGCAAUGAAAUUCAGAACAGUUGCAAACACAAAGAUGUGUCCGCAGGGUCUUCUCUACAGGAUUUCAAG